AUGUUCUCGCACUCGCCGUUGCGAUGGUCGUUGUCCGUGGCAUUGUUGCUGACACUGGCGUUGACACUGGAGUUCGACGGUCAAGUUCGUCGGGACGACGGCGGUCUAUUGCCGUCACAAUUGUUAUCGGCGUUCAACGGCUCCAGCGUGGCCUUUCCGGUGGACGGUGAGAGUGCACCACCGAAGGACGACGACAUUUACCCCGAGUUGUGGGUCUCCGAUUUGUUUUACCGAGCGUUGGGCAACUUCACCAUUCAGCGGGUGGGCAGCACCGCUUGCCAGCGACAAGUAGACAUGUACGUUAGAAACUUAAGGAAUUACACCGAUUGGGCCGUCAGAAUGGCAGAAUCUUGGAAUCGACAUCCAAUUGGUAUAUUAGCGGGUAACAAAUAUCAUAUGGGUAUUUACGACGAAUGUGUGGACGUUAAUUAUCCAGUAAAGGGGCAGUAUUGCUUGUGCGAAAUACAUUUAUUUCCGCCGACGGGGAAAAAUUACAGUUUCCACAACGGGACGGAAAACAUUAACGAGAUUGGCCACAAUCACGCGUGGAAAACAAUACUCGGGUGGGUCGAUUCUCCAGAUCUAGUCAAACGAAACAGUUUGAAUUUAGGGAUAUGUAUACCGGAUUCUUGUUCAGCGUCAGAUCUACAGACGUCGUUGCAAGAAGAAUUGGAUAAGGUGUUUCUACCGGAGAAUUUCAAAGCAGUAGUUCAAGUAGACCCGAUACUGUGUAGUGUGAGUGGAGACAUGUAUCCUUACGACACAGCGUAUUUUGUUACCAGUGCAUUUUUUGUAGUACUUGUUUUUAUCUGUUGUGGUGUGACCGUUUUUCAUUUCAUUCAAUUAUCGUGUCCACAAAAUAAAACCUUACCUGAUGAUUCAUUUUUAAUUUCAUUUUCAUUUAUCAAGUCUGCCAAAGAAUUAUUAAAAUAUGAUAAAACAAAUGAAUUAAAUAUACUGAAUGGUGCAAAAGUGACAACUAUGCUAUUCAUAUUAUUUGGUCACAGAUUCAUGUAUUUGGCAGGAAAUCCUAUGAGCCAUCCUAAAUUUGUCGAAGAUAUUUAUUUACAUGGACCGAAUAUAUUAUUAACUAGUAUGAAUCUAGUAGAUCCGUUUUUCUUCAUUAGUGGUUUUAUCUUGUACAUUACCGUCUCUCCGAUAUUCCUGAAACCUGGAUCGGUAUGGAUGAAACUUGCGUCUCCAGUUGUCUACCGAAUAGUAAGAAUGUUACCGGCUUAUUGUGCGAUGAUGGUGAUCACAGCUAACAUCGUACCUCAUCUUGGAGACGGUCCACUUUGGACUCAAAAGACCUGGAGCGAAGCCGAGACGUGUAAAAAAUAUUGGUGGACCAAUUUUCUUUUUAUAAGUAAUUUAAUAGAUGCCAAUUACAAUUGCCUCAUAGUGAGCUGGUACAUAUCGUGUGACGUUCAGUUCUUCAUAAUUGGCGUUGUUUUAGUUUAUAUUUACACAAAGAACAAAAAGUACGGAAUUGGAUUGCUCGCUACUAUUCUUAUUACGUCGAUACUUACGCCAUUUAUUAUCACAAUUAUGACGAAAAGUGAUGGAAUACUUAAAGUACACAUUCCAUUUUUAGAAAACCCUAGAACUUCGGCAACGUUUAACGGGUCUUACAGAGCCAGUCACAUGCGAGCCACGCCUUUUUUCGUCGGGGUGGCAAUGAGCUUGAUGAUCAAUAAAUUGAAAGAGAAAAAAAUCAAAUUAUCACUGGUUACUGUCUAUGGAGGGACGUUCGUCGUAACUCUGAUCUGUUUAUGGGUACAGUUUUACGGUGCUAUAUUUUAUACGAGACAUAGGCCUUAUUAUCCUUUAGAACAAGCUCUAUAUUCGACAUUCAGCCAUUUGACAUGGACGGCAAUAUUUAUAUGGAUUACUAUUUGCUAUUACACAACUGGUUACGGUCUUUUUAUAAAACUUUUCGAUAACAGAUUUGUUGCACCCAUGGGGAGGCUCUCAUACUCCGUGUUUUUAGUGAACCUUAUCGUUAUGAUGAUGUCUCAGAGUUCUCAAAGAGUGCCCACUUAUCUAUCAGCAAAAUCAUUGUUGGAUACUUGGAUAUACGAUACAUUCAAAACUUAUUUGAUGGGCUUAGCAUUAUACUUAGUCGUCGAAGCACCGUUUGGAAAUUUGACUAGACAAAUGUUCGGGCGAGGGAAAAAGAGUGAGACGUCCACAAGAAACGAAAUACCAAUUGAAAAACCUACAGUUGCAGAAACUCCAAAAAAAGUUAUGACUCAUUUAUAAUAAGUAAUAACCGAUUAAAACUAAAAAAAAAUUCUAAAUAGGUACCUAACUAUUACCUAAUUAAUUUUUUGUCGGAUUUGAUUACAAUUGGAUAUGAUACUAUUAUUGAUUUAUCAUAUUUUUUUUUUGUAAAUAAUAGUUUAGUUUCAUAAACACGUAUGAUAAUUUUUUUUAAUGUUUCUCUUCGCAUUACAUUAUUUAUUUUAUAUAUUUAUUAUCAUAUAAUAUAUUUUUUAUUUGUUCCAAUCACUUCGAACAUUAUACUAUAUACAAUUUUCCAAGUGCCUCGAUUGUAUUAGAGGCACAUUGAAUACCGACCAACUUCAUGUAUCAUUAGAAAUAAAAUCAUAUAAAGCUGCUUUUUUUGUAAUCGCAAGUUAAUAGUUUAUUUAAUACUGAA